CGGCGGCGAUGGCGGCCGUUGCGGCGCGGGGCUGAGCGCCGCCUAGGCCGCCGCUCUGAGAUUCCCUUUACUGACGAGUUGUCAUGGCUGCAGGAGGUGGCCCCUUUGAGGAAGGCAUGAAUGAUCAGGACUUGCCUAGCUGGAGCAAUGAGAGCCUCGAUGACCGGCUGAACAACACGGACUGGGGAAGUCAACAGAAGAAAGCAAACAGGCCUUCAGAAAAAAAUAAGAAGAAACUUAGUUGUGAAGCGGAAACAAGGCUUACUAAUGAUAUAUCUCCAGAGUCCUCGCUUGGAAUGGGUCGACGAAAGACCAGGACUCCGCAUAGUUUUCCUCACACUAGAUAUAUGACCCAGAUGUCUGUUCCAGAGCAGGCUGAACUAGAAAGGCUGAAGCAAAGAAUAAACUUCAGUGAUCUUGAUCAGAGAAGCAUUGGAAGUGAUUCUCAAGGCAGGGCAACGGCUGCUAACAACAAACGUCAACUUAAUGAAAACAGAAAGCCAUUUAACUUCCUGUCGCUGCAAAUAAACACRAACAACAGCAAAGAUCCCUCCUCAGGUUCCCAAAAGAAGGAGUCUGGGGGAUYGCUGCAAUGUAAAGAGUUAUUUGGAGCCGCUCUAAGCAAGGAUUUCUUGCAAAAUUGUCAGGUCUCUAAUCAAGAAGAUGGAAGAGGGGAGCCAGCCAUGGAUAGCAGUCAGAUUGUGAGCAGACUAGUUCAGAUUCGCGACUAUAUUGCUAAGGCCAGCUCCAUGCGGGAUGAUCUUGUAGAGAAAAAUGAAAGAUCGGCCAAUGUUGAGCGUUUAUCACAUCUUAUAGAUCACCUUAAAGAGCAGGAGAAAUCCUAUCUGAAAUUUUUGCAAAAGAUGCUUGCUAGAGAAAAUGAGCAGGAGGAUGUGUGGACUGUAGAUUCAGCUGUGGGAUCUGAUUCUAUAGCUGAGAGCACAUUGCCAAACGUUGAUGUGCGGUCUGAGGUUUCAGAUACGGCCAGAGAUCCUCAGCAGGAAGCAAAAGAGGAGUUGGAGAACUUGAAGAAGCAACAUGAUCUAUUAAAAAGGAUGCUACAACAGCAGGAGCAAUUGAAGGCUCUUCAAGGAAGACAGGCAGCUCUUCUUGCUCUCCAACACAAAGCAGAACAAGCAAUUGCUGUCAUGGAUGAUUCUGUUGUAACAGAGACUACUGGCAGUGUUUCUGGAGUGAGUCUUACAUCAGAACUGAAUGAAGAAUUAAAUGACUUAAUACAGCGCUUUCACAACCAGCUUCAUGAUUCUCAGACACAGUCUGUGCCAGACAAUAGAAGGCAAGCAGAAAGUCUUUCACUUACCAGGGAGAUCUCACAAAGUAGGAAUUCUUCAACGUCAGAGCAUCUGUCAGAUGAGAAGGUGCAGCUUUUUAACAAGAUGCGGAUGUUGCAGGGUAAAAGACAAGAACUGGACAAAUUGUUAGGAGAACUUCAUACACUUCGUGACCAGCAUCUAAAUAACUCCUCCUUUUUUCCUGCAUCAGGUUCUCCUCAGAGAAGCAUUGACCAACGAAGUACAACUUCAGCCGCAUCUGCUCCUGCGGGGAUAGUGACCGUUGUCAAUGGCGAAUCCAACAGCCAGGCAUCGUCGGCGCCCUAUCCUCCCGAUGGCCUCACUUCGCAGAAUGACAGUGAAGAAGAGGAAAAUCUAAACCCAACAGAAAAGCUCCAGAAACUAAAUGAAGUUCGGAAGAGGCUGAACGAGCUGCGCGAGUUAGUUCACUACUAUGAACAGACAUCUGAUAUGAUGACAGAUGCUGUGAAUGAAAACACCAAGGAAGAGGAAGAAACAGAAGAAUCUGAAAGUGAUUCUGAACAUGAGGAUCAGCAGCCUGUUACAAAUAUUAGAAACCCUCAAGGAAUCAGUAGCUGGAGUGAAAUGAAUAGCAACUCGAACAUACAGUGUGGAGCUAAUAACAGAGAUGGAAGGCAUCUUAAUACUGACUGCGAAAUAAAUAACCGAUCUGCUGCUAAUAUAAGGACUCUCAAAGUGUCUUCAGCUCUAGACUGUCAUAAUAGGGAGGAUGACAAAGAUGUUGACCUCCCCCAAGAAGAAGAUGAAGAAGUUGAGGAAGAUAGAGCUAGUGACGAUUCUGUAUCUAGCCACAGAAGCAGCCUGGGGGAUGCUGCUGGCGAUGCUGAGUUUGAGCAGAAGAUCAGUAGACUUAUGGCUGCGAAACAGAAACUUAGACAGCUCCAAAACCUGGCUGCCAUGGUGCAGGAUGAUGAUCUGGAACCUCAAGCAGCAGUUGCCAAUGCAGCUAAUAGGAGUGACUUGUUUUCGGGUGACCCAGAGGAGACAAAGCAACAACCAAACAAUAUCCGGGCAGGUGCCAAGAAGCUACAAAAAGAUGUAGGACUGAAUGAAAAAGCAAGAGAGAAAUUUUAUGAAGCUAAGCUACAGCAGCAGCAACGGGAGCUUAAACAGUUACAAGAGGAAAGAAAACGACUGAUUGAAAUUCAGGAAAAAAUUCAAACAUUACAGAAAGCUUGUCCUGACCUUCAAUUGUCAGCUAGUUUUGGUAACUGCCCAGGAAACAGACAGAUUUCCCCAACAACGUCAACUCCAGCCACCAACGAGUGUAACGCAGCUGCCAAGCCCUUACUUGAGUUCGAUGAUUCUGUGCCAGUUGGCAAUGAGCUGUGGUCUGAGAUGAGGAGGCAUGAGAUUUUAAGGGAAGAGCUGCGCCAGAGGAGRAAGCAGCUGGAAGCACUGAUGGCCGAGCACCAGAGGAGGAGAGAGCUGGCMGAAACAAUAUCUACUGUGGCCGCUUCUGUUAAGAGCGAGGGGUCGGAAGCUCGGUGCACUCCGCAGCAGAGUAGGACAGAGAAGACAAUGGCGACCUGGGGAGGUUCUACCCAAUGUGCCCUGGAUGAGGAGGAUGGGGAUGAAGAUGGUUAUCUCUCUGAUGGACUUGGUCAUGCAGAAGAAGAGGAAGAAGAUGAAGAAUCAAGUUCUAAUGACACUUUCUCUGUUUAUCCCAAUAACAACAUACCAGAAAGUACCUUUUGUGCUAAAGAAAACAAGGAUAGGUGGAAGAAUUGCCGUCCAGUUUCAGCAGAUGGGAAUUAUCGUCCAGGGACUAAGAGCCGGCAGCAGCAGCAGAACCUCAGCAUGCGACGGCAGGAGAACCUGCGGUGGGUGUCUGAGCUCUCGUACGUGGAGGAAAAGGAACAAUGGCAAGAGCAGAUCAACCAGCUGAAGAAACAGCUCGAGUUUAGUGUCAGCAUUUGUCAAACCUUGAUGCAGGAUCAGCAGACCCUGUCUUGUCUACUGCAGACUCUGCUUACAGGCCCGUGCAGUAUGAUGCCCAAUAGUGUUGCAUCUCCACAAGUACAUCUUAUUAUGCAUCAGUUAAACCAGUGCUAUACUCAGCUGACUUGGCAGCAGAAUAACGUUCAAAGGCUGAAGCAAAUGCUGAAUGAUCUGAUGCGCCAGCAAGAAGAGCAACAGUGUCAAGAGAAGCUGUCCAAGAAGGAGAGAGGCAGCAGUGCGCCACCACCUCCCUCUCCUACCGUCUUUUGUCCCUUCAGCUUUCCUCCACAACCUGUGAACCUGUUUAACRUACCUGCGUUCACUAAUUUUAAUUCCUUUUCUCCAGGUAUAAACUACAACCCAGUGUUUCCUUCUGGUUUUGGAGAUUUCGCACACAACACUUCCCCACAGGGUGAGCAGCAACAUCCUAUGGAUUAUAAUGCUUCUGGGAAAACUGAGUACAUGGCAUUUCCCAAACCUUUUGAAAGCAGUUCCUCUAAUGGCGCAGAAAAACAAAGAAGGAAUCACAGACAACCUGAAGAGGAAACAGAAAACAGAGCAGUUUGGCUUAAUGACAACGAGGACACCAAAAGGGAUGAUCAGUCUUACCGGAAAGCAGGUUUUGGUGCUUCGACACAAAACACUCCUCCUAGCCAUAAAAAUCAGUCUGAUGUGAACAGGAGAAGAGAGUUUGAUGAGGAGUCUCUGGAGAGUUUUAGUAGCAUGCCUGAUCCAGUAGACCCAACUACUGUGACCAAAACAUUUAAAUCCAGAAAAGCAUCAGCACAAGCGAGCUUGGCUUCAAGAGAUAAAACACCCAAAUCAAAGAAUAAGAGGAAGAGUUCUUCUCAACUAAAAGGCAGAAUUAAAAGUACUGGUUAUGAAAGUGCAAGUGCUUCUAGUGUGGGCGAGCCCUGCAAAAGCAGUAAGAGCAGCAGACGCUCUGAAGAGGUGGUUCACGCAAAGGUGUUCAGCAAAAGAAAUCGAGAACAGUUGGAAAAAAUAAUUAAAUACAGUAGAUCUACAGAAAUGUCUUCAGCGCAUGCUAGGAGAAUUCUGCAGCAGUCUAACAGAAAUGCAUGCAUUGAAGCGCCAGAAACUGGUAGUGAUCUUUCUAUGUUUGAAGCUUUGCGGGACACAAUUUAUUCUGAAGUAGCUACUCUUAUCUCUCAAAAUGAGUCUCGGCCUCAUUUUCUGAUUGAACUUUUUCAUGAGCUCCAACUGCUAAAUACAGAUUACUUGAGGCAAAGGGCACUGUAUGCUUUACAGGAUAUUGUGACCAGGCAUUUAUCUGAGACCCGUGAAAARCGGAAGUGUGCAAAAUCACUGAAUUCUGCCACAUGGAUGGCAUCCAAUUCUGAACUCACUCCCAGUGAAAGCCUUGCUUCUACAGAUGAUGAAACUUUUGAGAAAAACCUACCUAUAGGAGCAUGUCAAGAUUGUGAGCAAAAUGAUGCAGAUAAUGGGAGCAUGUCAACAUCUUCAAAUUUCGAACCUUUUGCCACUGAUGACCUUGGCAACACAGUGAUUCACUUAGAUCAAGCUUUGGCUAGGAUGAGGGAAUAUGAGCGUAUGAAAAUUGAAGCUGAAAGUACUCUUGACUCUGAGGGCUGCUCUAGUAAUUUUCAGGGUGCUUCUGCUGCUAAAUUAGAAGAGCCAAAUUCCAGUGAAAGUCCCUGUGGGCCACAGUCAAGUGAAGCUUCUGCUGUUCCAUGUCCUCGUAUAGAUACUCAGCAGCUCGACCGGCAGAUUAAAGCAAUUAUGAAAGAGGUCAUUCCUUUCCUGAAGGAACACAUGGAUGAAAUAUGCUCGUCGCAGUUGCUGACGUCAGUAAGACGUAUGGUCCUGACUCUCACACAGCAGAACGAUGAAAGUAAAGAAUUUGUCAAGUUCUUUCAUAAACAGCUUGGCAGCAUACUGCAGGAUUCACUGGCAAAAUUUGCUGGUAGAAAAUUAAAAGAUUGUGGGGAGGACCUCCUUGUGGAAAUCUCUGAAGUUUUAUUUAAUGAAUUAGCUUUCUUCAAACUGAUGCAGGACUUGGACAACAACAGUAUUUCUGUAAARCAGAGAUGUAAAAGAAAAACAGCACCAACUGAAGUGAUACAGUCUAAUGCUAAAGAGGCAAAAAGUGGUCUCCAGCUGGAUGCAUGUUCAUCUGCUGAAGAUGUCGAUGAGGACAAAGACAAGGAUGAGACUGAAACAAUGAAACCAGUGCAGGACUCGGAAAUGCACGGUGGCAGUGAGGUUCCUGAACAUGCUAGAUCCGACGCUUCUGAUCAAGAGGAGGAKGAGGAAAGUGAGAGAGGUCCAGUGUCAAUAAGUUUAUCAAAAGCAGAAACACAGGCUCUGACUAAUUAUGGAAGUGGAGAAGAUGAGAAUGAAGAUGAAGAAAUAGAAUUUGAAGAAGGGCCUGUGGAUGUGCAGACAUCAUUACAAGCCAGUAAUGAAACUGCAACUGAAAACCAACAGACUCUUAACCAAGAAUUGAAUAAGACAAAAGACACUGAGGUUUUGUCAUCAGAACAAGAAUCUGUUAAAGGUGAACAAGAUGUGGCUACUGCUUUACCUCAUUACCUCAAUGUCUUGGAGAACACACCACCUUUAAAGGACUCAGGGCUGUUGACAGUUAUAACAAACAUGAAAACAGAAGAAUCAAGCUCGUCUUUACCAGUAAACGAAGCUCAAACACCAAAUCCAGCGUGUGUAGGAAGCAAGUCAUCUACUGGAAGCUCUGAAAGCUCCAUGGCUGGCAGCCCCGAUACAGAGUCGCCGGUGUUAGUGAAUGAAUAUGAGGCUGGUUCUGGAAAUGUAAGUCAAAAAUCCGAUGAAGAUGACUUUGUGAAAGUUGAAGACUUGCCCCUUAAGCUGACGGUGUAUUCAGAGGCAGAUCUAAUGAAGAAAAUGGCAACGGAAUCUCACACCAGCAAUUUGUGUGAUGAGUUACUGGAUGGCGGUGUAGCUCAAGAUCAAGAAUUAGUCGGAGAUGCCCAGACUCUGAAAGAACCUGACACUGUUGGAGCUCAAAGUGCAUGAGAAUAAUCUGCAGAUGUCUGCACACUUAUACUCCAUGUAUACAAAUGCAUAUAGAAGAUCAGCACUAACUUACCAGAAUUCUGAACGUGUAUAAACAUGUAAAUUAGUUUUUGACACUCUGCCUCGUAGGAUAGGUAUGUUAACUUCUGCCUGUGGCAGUUUAAACGGCUGGAACUGAGUCCUCUUCUCAGUUUCACUGGUCUUCUGUCUUGAUUUUUUUUUUUUUAUUGUGACUUGUUUAGUAAUUUUAAAACUGUUCAAAAUUGUAGUUUUAAAUAAAGUUUGGACUUGUCUGUAAAUCUGUCUUCUGAAAAACGUUCCUCUGGCUUACAGUGCAGUACACAGAGCUAACGUGGAAGUUCACUCACUUUAGCUCUACCUUCUUAGCUGAUUUUUAAGUGUUUAACUGUUUGCUAUUCCAGUUCACAGAAAUACUGUUAAUUAUUUUGGACAAGAAAAAACUUAGGAAAAAAAAGUUUAUUCUUUUAUAAAUACAACUUGUACACCUAGUACCUACCUACACAGUGCCUGAUAGCAUAAGAAUUACUGAUAUGUAAGAAAUGUUGCUCUUGUUGCCUGUGGAAUUUUGCUCAGAUAAAUGUGCUGAUUGGAAUGAAGCAAAUUGACCUUUUUUGUAAAGGCCUUUAAAAACUCUUCUGUUUUUUCU